AUGACGCAUUUCAGAGUCUUUCUCGGCGCACCGUCCGUCGGUGAUUUCAAAAAAGACACUGGUUCAUACACUUGGAAGACCGUCGAACCUCCUUCAGCAGAGGUCUCCCAAGCACUACUUUACCCACCCGCAACACUUGAGGCCGCGAGCAGACGAAUAUCCUUGUUCUACCAGAAUAUCAUAUUUGACGAUAGUAAUGAAGAAGCGUUUGAUCAGGAGCCUGCUAGCCGGGGCGCAUGGCCCGAGGGCAGCCAGCCUAUGAUGAAAGAGGAGACGACGGUGAUAACCUGGCCUCCAACCCCUGUUGCAAAUACCACAGGUGCCCCGUCCUUCCUGCGCACAUCCCAGUCGCAGUCACUUGUUGCGACAUAUGAAACACAGGAAACUACCUCCGUGUCUUACUCAGACGCGUCUUCUAUAGCUCGCUUCCCACAUUUUCAGAUCAGCCUUCAUAAGGUCUCAUCUCUUGCAUCUCUUUAUAGCGAAAACAUGACAAGAGGGAGAAAAGUGAAUAUAUUACUCGCCACCCUAGAGGUCGAAGGCCCAGAUAUAGUGCAUGUGAAGAAAGGCCCGGACGCAGGGAAAGAAGUCUCUGUUCUUAAAAUGAUUCUGGGUGAUGAGGAUGGCUCAGUAUGCAAGCUCACUGCGUGGCGUGAUGUCGCAGAUGCCUGGGGUGUACUGGGCGUCAAGCGCGGAGACAUAAUUUAUCUACAGAACCUCACGCCAUCCUGCGAGCCAGGCAGCUCGAUCACCUUCACUGCCUCUCCAUACAACAAGCCCACCGCGGAGAUAUGCUUUCGGACCAUGCCUUACACACAUGAGGACAAUUGCCUCCGGCCGGACCUCCGGCUCGCACAAAGCGACGCCGCCGUCAAGAAGGUCGCUGCACUGGCCCAGUGGUUUGAGCGGAUGGCCGGGUUGGUAGUUGGUUGACACACGCCAGCUAGACAUGCGACGCUGUGGCAUAUCCC